UUAUUGAUUCGAGACCCAGGUUCAGUGUGUUUCGCGUCGGGGUUGAACUGUAACAAAAGUGCAGCGUUUUCACACUUUUAGCGCGUUUAUUGAAUUAAAAUCACGUCUUCUGUUCCCAAGAGGAAGUUUACAGGUAACGCAACUCUACAUAAAGUCGUAAAGUAACCGAUUGCUUUAAAGCAGCUUCUCAGAGUUAUCAACCCUAAAAGUGCCGGAGGAGACGAAUGAGGAAAAAGCUGCCCGUGUUGCUCACGUCACUGUGAAACGAACACCUUUUUCCUGCUCGUUUGAAGGUUUGCCGCCAUGUGGAUCCAGGUGCGCACUAUGGAUGGCAAGGAGACCCAUCGGGUCGACUCCCUGUCCAAGCUCACCAAGGUGGACGAGCUGCGUGUGAAGAUCGCCGAGCUCUUCAGUAUCGAACCCCAGAGGCAGCGACUCUUUUACAGGGGCAAACAGAUGGAAGACAGUCACACGCUCUUCGACUAUAACGUGGGGUUAAACGACAUUGUGCAGCUUCUGGUGCGUCAGGCACCGCUGCCGAAGGACAAAGAGGCCGAGCUGUCCGACUCAGACUCCGGCUGCGGAUCGGCCCAGAGCGAGUCGGAUAAGAGCUCCACGCACGGCGAGAGCGACGGCCAGAGCGCCGGGACCUCGGGCCAGACCGACACGCCGGACCUCAUCGACCCUGGCUUUGGCUUUUACAAGAUAAAUGAGUUCGUGGACGCUCGAGACUUAAACAUGGGUGCCUGGUUCGAGGCGCAGAUCAUCAAUGUGACAAAAACGACAAAGUCUUCGGAUGAAGACGGAGGCACUGAUGGGGAAGAGGAGAUCAUUUACCACGUCAAAUACGAAGAUUACCCUGAGAAUGGCAUGGUGCAGCUGCGUGGGAAAGAUGUCCGUCCGCGGGCGCGCACCGUCUACCAGUGGCACCAGCUGGAGCAGGGCAUGAUCGUGAUGGUGAACUACAACCCCGACGAGCCCAAGGAGCGCGGCUACUGGUACGACGCCGAGAUCCAGAGGAAGAGAGAAAAGCGCACUCAGCGCGAGGUUUACGGCAAGAUCCUGCUUGGAGAUGCUGGGGAUUCUCUCAACGACUGUCGCAUCAUGUUCGUGACCGAAAUCUACAAGAUCGAGGAGCCGGGAAGUUCGGAGGGUCCAGGUGCCUCUUCUGACAGCCCUCUCAAGAGGUCGAACGGACCCGAGUGCAAGGUCUGCAAAGACGACCCGAAGAAGAACUGCCGCAUAUGCAACUGUCACGUUUGUGGCGUGAAGCAGGAUCCCGACAAACAGCUGCUGUGCGACGAAUGCGAUAUGGCUUUUCACACCUACUGCUUGAACCCGCCGCUCACCACCAUCCCUGAAGACGAGGACUGGUAUUGUCCUGAAUGCCGUAAUGAUGCCAGCGAGGUGGUUCUGGCUGGAGAGAAGCUGAAGGAAAGCAAGAAGAAGGCCAAGAUGGCGUCGGCGAGCUCGUCCAGUCAGAGGGACUGGGGGAAGGGUAUGGCGUGUGUCGGCCGCACUAAACAGUGCACCAUCGUUCCCUCCAACCAUUACGGCCCUGUUCCCGGAGUCCCAGUGGGAACGCUGUGGAAAUUUAGAGUGCAGGUGAGUGAGUCCGGCAUUCACAGGCCUCACGUCGCUGGGAUUCACGGCAGAAGUAAUGACGGCGCUUAUUCACUGGUUCUUGCCGGAGGCUAUGAAGACGAUGUGGACGAUGGUAAUGAGUUCACCUACACGGGCUCCGGGGGUCGUGACCUCUCAGGAAACAAGAGGACGGCCGAGCAGUCCUGCGAUCAGAAGCUCACCAACAUGAACAGGGCUCUUGCUCUGAACUGCAACGCGGCGGUGAACGAGAAGGAAGGCGCUGAGGCCAAAGACUGGAAGGCUGGGAAACCCGUGAGAGUCGUGCGCAGCUCCAAAGGACGCAAACACAGCAAGUUCUGUCCUGAAGACGGCAACCGAUACGACGGCAUUUACAAGGUGGUGAAGUACUGGCCAGAGAAGGGCAAGUCCGGCUUCCUCGUUUGGAGAUACUUGCUGAAACGAAACGACGAUGAACCGGCGCCGUGGACCCGCGAUGGAAAAGAGCGCAUUAAGAAACUGGGGCUCAGCAUGCAGUAUCCUGAAGGCUAUCUGGAAGCUGUGGCUGCGAAAGAAAAGGAGAAAGAGAACAAAAACGAGGAAGACGUUGAUGAAACGCCCACCAAAGGCAAGAGGAAGAGGAAAUCCCAGACCGUGGACGAGAAGAGCUCUCCGGCCAAAAGCACGCCUAAGAAGAUGAAAGUGGAGGCCUACAAACUGAGCAAAGAGCAGAAGGCCUUGAUCAAAGACGACGAGCUCAACAAGAAGCUGUGGGACGAAGCCAUGGCGUCUCUCAACCUCGGACCUCGCUUCAUCAACAAAGUGGAGGAGGUUUUCCUGUGCAUCUGCUGCCAAGAAGUCGUCUAUCAACCCAUCACCACAGAAUGCCAACACAACGUCUGCAGGGAAUGCCUUCAGCGGUCUUUCAAAGCCGAGGUCUACACCUGUCCGGCUUGCCGACACGAUUUGGGCAAAAACUACCAAAUGACGGUGAACAAAUCUCUCCAAGCCAUUCUCACCCAGCUCUUCCCCGGAUACAGCAGCGGACGGUGUUGACACUGAUGCUGUCGGCAUGGCGAUGCGGCGCGACAGAAUUCGACGAACGAAACAUGGAUUUCAUUUUUUAAUAUAUUUAACAAAUACAUCAGGUUGUAGGAUUGAUGGAAACACCUCCGUCUUGAUUGAACACCGCUACUUGAUUUGGCCCUGUUUGGUGAUCUGCCUCUAUCUAGCCACUCAACUUCUAUUCGUUGCAGUUAUUUCUUCCGAAUUGUGAUCUUCGUAUUUCCAAGUAAAGUGAUUCUAGUCGUGUUUUAGCUAUAGCCACUUCAAGUGACGUAUCAUUGCCUUCUUGUACCCUACACCAGCACAAUGAACCAUAGCUAUGCACAAUUACAAUGUUCAUUAAUAAUUUUUCCUCAGCAAUUUAUCAUUACGUUGAUUUGUACGAAAACGCUGGCUCUAGAAUCCCGUUAAAACGAUUCCGUUGCUUCAUAAGUGCGUUUGACGUUUUUGCUGUACCAUCAUUAGCGUUAGCUGAAUUUAACGGACGUCAAUAUCCCAAGUUUUUUUUUUGCCAUUUGAUGUUAACGAGCUUUUGUACGAAUGUUAUUUAGAACGGUGCUGUAGCAGUAGCGUUUUUACUAUUGUUAGCUUUAACUACAUUUAAAUGAACUAUCUAUGCACUAUUACGAUGUUUAAUUUUCAGUAAUUUGUCAUUACGAUGAUUUGUCCGAAAGCACUGGCUCUAGAAUCCAGUUAAAACGAUCCCAUUGCGUUAUAAUUAGUGUUUGAUAUUUGUACCACCGUUAAUGCUAACUAAAUGUAGAUGAAUUAGCUAUGCACUAUUAUAAUAUUAUCUAAUAUUCCAACAACUUUUUCGCCAUUUAUGAUGUUAAUAAAACCUUCGUGCAAAAGUUAAGAUCUGUAAGUGCCGUAGCAGUAACAGUUUUACUGUACCAUCGUUAGCGUUAACUAAAUUCAAAUGAACUAGCUAUGCGCUGUUACAAUUUUGGCUAAUUGUUUUUCGCAAGCAGUAAUUUGAGAUUAUGAUUUUUUUUGUGCAAGCGCUGGCUUUAGAAUCCUGUUAAAAUGAUCCAGUUGCGUUAUGAUCUGUGCAUUUGACGUUUUUACUGUACCAUCAUUAACGUUAACAAAGUUUAAAACUGUACGGUUUACGAUUUUUGCGACAUUUAUAUCCCAACAGGUUUUUCCAUCCUUUGUCUUUAACAAGCCUUCAUACGAAUAUUAACAUCCAUGAGUGUAAGGUGCUAUAGCAGUAAGGUUUUUACUGUACCAUCGUUAACUAAAUUUAACUAGCUAUGUACUAUAAAGUUGUUUGCAACGUUAAUCUUUCAACAACUUUUUUGGCCAGCGUUUUUUUGUCAUGACUAUAACAAACCUUCGUACAAAUGCUAUUAAGAUCCGUGAAUUUAAGGUGCAGUAGCUUUACUAGCGCGCACAAUUUUUACAUUUUGGCUGUAUU